AUGGCUGAAAAUAAGUGUGCUAAAAAUAAAAAUAUCGGUCGCAGACAAAGUAUUCCUUUUAUUUAUACGAGAGGGACACACUAUGAAGUUGGAUUUGACAUUGGCAGAACGUUUUCUGGACUAAUUCACAGUUUUCUAAAGGGAAAUAAAACAGUAGACGAAGAAUUGGUACCAGCUUACAAUACUCCAGAAGGAAGACGAGCAUAUGAUGACACCCUAAACUCCGUCAAAGCUAAUUUUCCUCAAUAUGUAAGAGAACUGGAGGGGACGGCAGAUGGAGCAAAUGUGCCGUUUUAUAAACUAUUUUUAUUACACAUGGACGAUAUAAUGCCAUCACCAUCUCAACUACAAUCACCAAAUAUUCAACCUGUUGGGUGUUCGUCAAUUUGUGUAAAUCAAAAUAACCAGGAAAUAAUGGGCCACACUGAAGACGCAUUAGCAGAAACCUUAAAUCACAUUUACUUCGUUUCUGCGCAUAUUAUUUCUGAAAAACCUGAAGGAAAAUGGAAGGCAAAAGAGGAACGAUUUACAUCGUUGUGCUAUGCUGGACAUUUACCGGGAUAUACUAUGAGUUAUAAUCACCACGGAUUUAUAUUUUCCAUAAAUACAUUGAGCGUUAAACAUACAAAGCCUGGAAAAACACCAAGAAUGUUCAUUACCAGAGCCCUUCUGGGAGCGGAAAAUUUCGUAAAUGCCCAAGAAAUUAUGAGAGAUCGUGGCUGCGGUGCUGGAAAUGGAUGUUCCAUUAAUAUGACAUUUUUAAAUCAAGAGGGAGAUAGACUGUUCCACAACGCAGAAAUGGCUCCAUCGGAUAAGGAAGAGUCUCAACUAAACGUUUUUACAGCUAGUCCUGGAGAAUGUAUUAUACAUACAAAUAAAUAUCUCCGAAUCAACAUUGAAGAAACCAACGCAGAAAUGCAGAAAAGUAGUAUAAAUCGCAUGGCCACUUUUAAAAAUAAUUAUUCUGCUCCGAAGAGUAAAAACGAUGUGAUAAAAAUGUUGAGCGAUCAUUCUAACGUUGCGUAUCCGGUAUUUAGGGAUAUACCAGAUGAUUUCGUCAAAACUGUAGCAGUUGGUAUUUUUGACUGCAAAGCCAAGACCUGGAGCCUUUAUUCUGACAAUCCACAAACAAACGAACCAUUGGUAGUGCUGCCAUUAGUACUUAAACAAGCUAAACAGUAA